AUAAGCGUCUGCACCAUUUGACAGUUGGGCAAGGAAGAUGUACCGACAAUAAAAUUUAGCUGUAAGAAUGAAAUUGAAAUAAAACAUGAAAAUGGAAGAUGGAAUCAUUGGAACUUACUGUUUUUGGAUUAGCUCUUGUGUGUUUAACCAUAUGGUGCGUUAACUGGAUUAUGCACAUUGUAUCUUUGAUUUAUGGAAAAUGUUGUCUACACAAACAACAUGCAGAUGUGAUCGUCGAAGAUCUACCUGGAAUCUCAAUCCUAAAACCUCUUGUUGGCAUAGACCCAAACCUGUUCGAAAACCUCGAAACCUUCUUUAACAUGAAAUACCCAGCAUAUGAACUACUGUUUUGUAUACAAGAUGAAUUUGACGCCUCCAGAAUGAUUGUGCAGAGCCUCAUGGACAAAUACCCAGCUGUAGAUGCCAAAAUGUUCCUUGGUGGAAAGAAUGUAGGGAUAAAUCCAAAGGUGAACAAUAUGGUGAUUGGUUAUGAGGCAGCUAAAUACGAUCUCAUCAUGAUCUCAGAUAGUGGAAUUAAAAUGAGAGAAGACACUUUGAUCGACAUGGCCAUACACAUGACAAGUAAAGUGGGAUUGGUCCAUCAAAUGCCAUACAUCUGUACAAGAAAAGGUUUUGCAUCAAAUUUAGAAAAGAUGUAUUUUGGUACUCAACAUGCAAAGAUCUAUUUCCUCGCUGAUGUUUUACGAAUCAACUGUGCAACUGGAAUGUCUGUUUUAAUGCGUAAAUCCGUCCUGGAGGAGGCUGGAGGCCUGAGGGAAUUUGGACAAUAUCUGGCCGAGGACUUCUUCAUGGCACAGGCUUUUCUUGACAGGGGUUGGCGUGUAAAGUGUUGCUCACAACUGGCCCUGCAGAAUUCAGGGACAUAUUCCAUAUCGCAUCAUACAAGACGCAUGUGCAGAUGGAUGAAAUUGAGGAAUGCCAUGGUACCAACAACACUUCUGUUCGAGCCUCUAUCAUUGUGUUUUGUGGUAGGUUUACUUGCUUCUUGGGGUGCAAGCUACAUCUUUGAUGUUAGUCCCCUAACAUUCCUCUUGGUACACACACUGUUCUGGUUUCUUCUAGAUUACACCAGGUUGAAACAGCUAGAGAAUGCAAGUGUGCCAUUCCCAAAGUUUGACUUUGUUGUAUGCUGGUUUAUGAAUGAGAUAGGAUACAUGCUACUUCUAGUACAGUCACACCUAGAACCAACCAUCAACUGGCGGGGACGCAAAUUCAGGCUCAAGUGGGGCGGGGUUGUAGAAGAAAUAUACACCAAACAAUUAGUGUGAUCAGCGCAGUCAUCGAAAAAAAUCUGCCACAACAGCAUUCCAGGAGGAAUCAUCUGUUAGUCAUUUGACAAAUAGAAACAUGCCUGGUUCUGGGACCUUACACCAAAAUGGAUUAUAGCCAACUUAAAAGUAUUUUUCAUACAUAAAUAUUUUGAAAUAUAUCUCAUCAUGUAUAGCUUGUUGCACAUGAAUUAAUCCUUUUAUUGGACCAAGAGAUAUACAUAUUCAAAAGUUGGAAAACCGGUGUGAGGUCAUUUAUCUCCUCAUUGUAAAACCCUUGUAACCAGUUAUAGAUGCUGAUUCAGCGGUUUUACCACUUUUUGUAACUUAAAAUCCAUUCUGCACUUUUUCAGUAUCAGAAUUUGUGACCAUCCAAAUUAUUUUUAAUUUUUACAGAUGUUUCUGGGACUGUUUUUUUUUUUUUCAAACCAUGAGGGAUAUUUUAUAAUACCUUUACUCUGUCAAGUUAAGGUUAUCACAAUAUUUUUGUUAACUUCCCAGAACCAUGCAAGUUUCACCAUAUCAUUACUUCAAAUGUGCAUUUAAUUUGUUCAGUAUUUGGUUGUUUUGUCCAGAGAUUUCCUUGUUUAUGUAACUUCUCAUUGUCAGAUUUUUCUCAGCAUUUUAGGCUGAGCUUUUGUCUUAUUAAAAAAAUUAAAAUUUCUGGUCUUUAAAAAUCAGAAAACUAUAACUGUUACAGACCACUUGUCAAGUGAACGCCUUUUUAUAUAAAAUAAUGAAUUGGUAUGAUCUGUUAGAAAUACUGUGCUGAAAAUACUAAAAAAACACAUUUGGGAAAUAAUCUCACAUUGAGAACUUAUUGUAGACAAGAAAGUUACCAGUAUCACAGGACAUCUUAAUGUAACACUGCUUAGCAUAAUUUUAUUGACUUUUGGAAAAGAUCUUUUAUGUGUUUAAAGUUAUACCUAUAAGCAUUUUACUGUGUACCUCUUUAAGUUUAUUAUGUUUUAGAUUGUUAAUCUUUUUUAUUCAGGUUUAACUACAUGUAUAAAUGUAUACUCUAGAUUUAUAAAAACUGAUGUUAGCCUAGUCUGGAACUAGUGAAGAAUAUAGUUGAUAUAUACAAAAUAUUGUAAUCUAGUCGAAAAUUGUGCAGUUUGGUUUUUGGGGGUAAAAAUUAUAAUUUAGUUAAGUAAAUAAUUAAUUUGAAUUAAAGACACUUAUGUCAAGUUCAGAAUAUUUUUGUUUACCAAAUAACAGCUUCAUAUUUGAUUCACUGACAAUACAUUGUACUAAAGUUAGAGGCUUUUAAAAUUUUGAUCAUUGCUCACAUACCAUCAUUUAAUGUAAGAGCCAUCAAUAUAUGGCAGCACUGCAAAACUUACUGAGCACAAUUGUUAGCAAAUUCAAUUUUUAAUUAUGAUUUUUAUUUUGCCAAUAAAAAAAUUUGAUGAAAAAUCAAAGAUAAAUUUAAUAUUAAGUAAAAAAAAUAAAGAUAGAGGCCUUUUUGAAUGGAGAGUUCUUACAGUUUGAUACUAGUCUUGCUUUGGAAUCUCCUGUCGCAUUCUUACAUUUUUUAGGCUUAUAAAUUCAUUUUUAUAUGAUAUUUAACUUCCAUUGACAGAGAUGUAUGUUUUUCUAUUGAUUUUAGUCAUACAAUUUUUUUAUGUUUUAGUGUGUAAGCUGAGUUUUCGUCAUCUUAUUUUCUGUAUGUUUAAUAAUUGUUAAAAUAUAGAAAGAAAAUGUCUGCCAUUUUAAUUCUAAAAAACUAGCUUUUGUGUCGUUCUAGUAAUUUUCAUCACUAUUUUCUUACAUCUCUACAUUAAAAUGUACUGUUAGGAGUGGUAUGAAAUGUCAAGGACAGCGUGGUCAAAGGGUCUAGGACAGUACAGUCAAAUAUAUUGUUUCUUUGUUCAUUUGUGAAGUAUCAUCCAUCAUCGAUAAAAUUCACUUGUACUUCUUGUAGAAUCAUCUCAAUGUUGAAAUUCAUUUUGUAUCGAACCAUCACAUAAAAUCAAAUCAUCAAAGUCAGAUUGGAUUUGUUGUGACCUUGACCUGCUCUAACAGCUGUGCAUGACUAAACUGUUGCUAUGGUUUCGAUUUCAGCUGAAGGUCAUAGGGUCACACACAAUUUGCACUUUGACAUGAAGUCUUUCUGCACACAUUAACAAAUACAAUGCAAAAUAGUUAUCUUUUAUUAUUUAUUAUAGUGGAGCUUCUUAUUCCCAUACGGAGGUUGUUGUUGGAGCAAUAAAUAAUAGAAUAGAUGAGAGAACAUUUGCUUGGAAAAUCAUAUUUCAUAGAAGAAAUGAGAUGAUAUCUGUAAAUGUGGUCAAAUUUCAUAAAAUGAAUGAGAGAAAAUCUGGGAGUGUAAUUGUAUUUCAGACAGCAAAUAUAUUGAUCAUUUAGAUCCCUGUUGCACAGUUAUUGCCUUUUAGUACUAACAAACCUGUUGUUGAUAUGAGAAGUUGAUCUAUUGAAGUUUGAUACGAUUGUAUAGAAAGUUAUCUAUUUCUGACUGUUUAAUAUAGUGAUAUUUGAUCUUCAUGGUGUGGAACUUUUGUAACCAUGUAUUUGCUGAAACGUAUAGAGAUUAAGUUUGCUGUAAACAUAUUUGCCAUAAUAUUGCAUAUACGUAACAUGUUGUUGUGUUUAAAUGUCUGUAGAAAUGUUGCUGAAAAUAGCUGUUCUUAAGAAAAAUUAGGUUUUGUGACCCAAAAUUCUCUUUUACCUAUUGAAGUUCAAAUAUUAUAGCUGAACUAUUCAAAGAAUAGGUAGAGUUAUUGUACUCUCCCAUUCCUCAUUAUUUGUGUUCCAGGUCAAUUAAGGUUUUUUUACGUAAGCAUGUGUACCAGUAACCACUUGUGGGAAUGGAUUGAAACUUAACACACUUGUUUACUUUGAUGAUCUGACAUGCAGUGUGUAUGUUUCAUUACUGUGUUUUCCAUUUUAACAAAGUCAACUUGGCAAUUACUGUGUGAAAGCUUGUAUUUCACUAACUGCUAGUGGGACUUGCAGUGCACUAGUUUCAACACCCUACUUAGCAUUUUUACAAAGUUCUACCUUGUUUUUUUACUUAGCAAAUUCUGGUAAGGUUUUUGUAUAUAAGCUUUGAUCUUAUGGGAUGUGAUUGAAACUUCACACUCCUAUUUAUUUUGAUGAUCUGACAUGCAAUGCACUUAUUCCAUAACUUAGUCUUGCUUUUAUACAAAUAUUCAUUUAUACAACUUAUUUUAAUAACAUGGCUUUUGAAUAGUCGAGUGUUGCUGUCCUCCGACAACUCUUGUUAGGUUUGGUACUUACAUUGAGCUGUAUGAUUAGUUAAGUUAAUAAAAGUGAUAAAAAUGUUGAGCAUAUGCUAUUUAGCUCUCUAUUUUUUUAAUAGCCAUAAUUAUCAAUAAAAUUAUGUUUUCCUAUAGAAUCCUCCAUAUAAAUACAAAGAUUUGACUUCUUUGCAUCAUUUGGUGUGUUGUAGAAGUAAUUGAAUGUACAGGAUUUUCAAAUUUGUACCACUAUUGACUGGAAAAAAUUGUACUGUUUUACAUUGCAGCAGAUUAUCAUUUUCUUAAGCAUGUGACAGAUGGAAGCUUUCUUUAAAUGAAAUGAUGUUUAUAUUUAGUACUUAACCUUUUGAUCUUAACUAUGUGUGAAAUAGAAAAGUGUGUUUCUUGUAUUAAUACAUUCAGUGAAUCUUACAACUGGAGCAAAUACUCAAAAUGAGUUUCAGUUUUAAAUGAGAUCUGAUUUAGGGUUAUGCACUCAGUAUCUUUAGUGAAUGGUGUAAAGUAAGUUUUGUGUAUUUAGUUUUGUUUUUUGCUGAUUAUCUAGUAUAAAUUACAAACUUGGUCUAAACAAAUUAGAAAUGUAGCCUAUUUCAGUUAUACUUUGCAAAUUAUUAAUAUCGAAGCAUUUUUUUCAGACUGCAUAUUGUGCAGCAUAUUUUUUUCACAUUUGAAAUCAGAUCACACUCAAAAUUAUAAUCAGUGAAUUUCACGACUGUCAACAAUAAAUGACUGCCUGUGCAAUACACAUUUUGUUUUUAAUAGUUUACAGCAAUACAUUGACAAGUAGUUUAGUUGAGUUUUUUUUUGUUACAUUUUAUCCUGUAAUUUUUCAAAGGUGCUGUAUGGAAUUAAGAAGUGUUCAGUAUUAGUUCUUGCCUGAAUUUGAAAUUUUAACUUGCCAAACAUAUUAUAUCUUAUUAAGUUGUUUUAGAUUAUUUUUAAAAGCUCUGUUGUUAAAGGAGCAAUAAAAAGUGCCAUGCUAUAAUGAGUGGUUGUCAACUUUAAAUGAUUUAGACAAUAUUAUCUUCUGUAACAGCUUACUUUUCUUUUAGUCUUAGGUUCAUUAUAAAUGUAAAUCAAUGGUCUCCAUCUACAAUGAUAAAUAAACAAAAUUUUAACGUUUUAACUUUUCUUGAAAGGCUGAAGUAGAUGUUGCAAUUUUGUUUCAAGUUUUCCUUCUUUUAGCUUAUAUGAAAAGAGCUGAAGUUGCAAUUCUGUUUUUAAAAAUAUUUUUGCCCCACCAAUUGUUGUUCUACAUUUUAUAAAAUGAUUAAAUGUGAUAGUUUGUUGGAUAAAAGAUUUGCCAUUUUCCAAAGAUGUUCUUUUUGAAUUCACUCGUUUAAAAGUGCAAAAACAUUGAGAUACCCAAAAAAUAGGUUCCAUAUCUAGAAAGAAGACAAUUGAAAAGUUGGUGUGAAAAUAUGGUUGAUAAAAUCUAAUUUAAAAUUAUAUGUGUCUUGUUAUAUUGUAGGAAAAAAUUGUUGUAGUAAACAAGUGUUCAUUUAUGUUGUGUAUGUAAAGUAAAAGAUUUAUUUCAACUUGCCAGAAUAUUUUGAGAUUUAAUGAUUAUUUAGUGCUUUGAUGAAUGUAUGUGUACCAGUAUUGAGCUUUUUUUACUCACAGCAAUUAUUGCAGAUAAUCUGCAAAGAUGGUAAUACAGGACAUUUAGAUAAAGAAUAAACAGUGGUUACUUCCCCUGUCAUAUAGUUAUGUCAAACCACCGUUUGCAUGUUUGUGUUAUGCUUGUUGUAUUGUUUUUACUGUUUUAAGUUACAGACAUUUUGAAGCAUGGAAUGGUCAAGGUUAGAUAACUGAGUUAUGACGCUUUUUGCUCUCCAUUUAUUUAUUUCUGUGGUUUCAUUUGCAGAUUUUAAGUUCUUUUCAAUAUUUGCAUAUUUGUAAAUAUUGCUUUGUAAAGAUCACCUGGUCCAAUACUUAUGAUUUUGUUCAGAAAUGUAAGUAGGCUAUGCCUUUUGAUAUUUAUGGUCGGAUAUUUAAAUGUUUAUGAAUUUCUAUCAGAAAUUUAUCAAAUUUAACAUUUUAUUUAAGCAUAAAAUACAGUCUGUUUAUAGCUUUUUUACUUGAGCCUAUUCAACACUUUUGCAAUUCCAAAUUAAGAAACAUCAAAUUGUAAUUAUCAUAAAAAAUUAUAUGGACAUGUUAACCUGAUAGCUGUUGCCAUUGAAACUUGAAUGGAAUGUUAAGUAUGAAGCUGAACCAGUGACCUUUGACCUUAUGUGUAUGAUCCCCACAUACACUGCAUGAAAUGCUUCUCAAUUGUUUGUUAGCUAGGCCAAAUAAAAUUACUGUAAUUGUGUUUUGUUUGUUAUAGAAAGAAAAAAUGAUUAUACACAAAUAUUUUACUGUAAUUUUGAACUGCAAAAGAGUUUUAGAUGAGGGUGGAAAAUUCACAUCAGUUUUUGCAGUAAUUAUUUUAUGACAAAAAAAUUGAAUCUGUAUGCAUUUCUGGGAGUGUGUACGUCCUUAUAAAGAUUUAGACAGUAAAGGGAGAUAGAUUCUGUUUGUUUCUGCACAGGAAAUACUUGUAUUUUUACUUGGCCUAAAAGUAAAACAUAACUAUAGCACAUGUUGCUCGAUUUUGUUAGUAUUCACACUUUAUUUUACACAAUAUUUUAUACAAUAGAAUUAAUAAGUAUAAUUAUUUAUAUAUUUAUAUGCAUCGAAAGCUUAGUGCAAUACCCUCUGUAAAACUGUAUUUUUCCUACUUUUUCAAAAGAAAGUGAUCACAGGUAUAUUAUUACCAAUCUUUAGAUAACCAAUAUUAUAAUAUUUUACUCUUUGCAAUAAAUGUUCACAAAGUAGUCAACAUAACCUACAUAAGAUUUUAAAACCUUUAGGAACAUCAAAUAAUUUCCUUUACAUUAUAUCUAAGUUUGCAUGGAUUUUGCAGAUGUCACAUGUGUAACAAACAGCGCAUUUGGUCCUAAAUGUACAAUGUUGUAUCUGUACUAAAAAUAAUUUUUUAUGGUUUUACUGUGUUCAUGCAUCAAUAUCAGUAAUUGAUAAAUGUUGCAUUUUAAUACCUAAAACAGCAUUUUGUUUUAUUAUUCUUAAAACAGAAACUUUUUACUGUGUUUUAAUUUGGAAGAUUUCUAUCAUUCAAUACAAAAGGUAAUGCUAUGUAAUGUUUGAUUCUUCUAUUCCAUAACAGAUUUUUUUUUCAUUGGUAAUAUUGAUAAUCAUCAUAACUUAAAAACUUUUCGAAAAUGUUGAAAAGUCUAUUUUUUAUGUUGGGGAGGGAUGUUGGGGUAUUUUUCCAUCUGAAUUCCAGUUUCUUUUAAAAUUUAAGAAGUUGAUGUAUGAUUUUUUUCCAGUAAAAAAGCUUGCUUUGGAAUUAGGUCAAACAGUAGUUUUUGUUGAAAUUGUUUUCACACUUUACAUUUCGGACAGUGAAAACUUUUGUAUUGUUACAGAAAACAGCAUUUGCAUGUUGUGAACAUUAAACAUAAUUGGAAAAAUAAAUUGCUUUUAAUAUCA